AUGACUGAGCUUGCAAGGACAGCCUGCUGCCGUUGUCGAGAACAAAAGUUGCGAUGCUCUCGAGAACUACCCACAUGUGCCCGAUGUCUCAGGCUCAGCGCCGUCUGCGAAUUUCCUGCGCCUCCAGACCGCAAAGUUCUCGCCGCCUUCCGCGCGCAACCCAAGAAGCGCAAGCUGGAGCACAACGCCAGUGACCGCUCUCCGAGAAACAAUCCCUCAGCCGUCCCCAAACCCAGCUUCUCCAGCCCGGCGUCCCAGCCAGCGAACCACAAUUCCGCUCCUUCUGCAGAACUGCGCUCUGACUCCCUUCUUCCUCUCUCCAGGUCACAGGAGAAGUUCUUGCAAGACGUCUACUUCACCUGCAUGUUCAACUCGACCCUGGUAUUCCAUAAGCCGACGUUUUCGCGGGCUUGGGAGGAAGGACGGCUAGCACGACAUGUCCUCCUCGCAGUCUAUGCAACGGCUACAAUCUUCUUGCCGUUCGACUCACCUCUUGCACGACAGAAUGCAUCUCUUCUCCAGUCACUAGGUGACCUGAGAGCCCUUGGAAGACAAUGGGCUAUACGUGCUGGCAAAGAAGUUCUCCAGGACAUUGAUCAGCCCACUUUCGAGAGCGUCCAAACCUGUGAGAUGCUCACAUUGUAUUGGUUCUCGGCUGGUGAAUCCCAGAGGAAUACCAUGUUCUCUGGCAUUGCAUACAAAGCAGCUUGCACGCUGGGCUUGGACUCAUCAGAGCCAUCGACCGCAACUGAGGACAGCCCCGCAUCUGGAAUAAGUCCAACUUGGCUUGAGGCAGAGGCAGUGCGACGUUGCUUCUGGGCCGUCUGGUUUACGCAGUGCAUCAAUUCUGAUCACUCCGUUGUUGGCACCACCUACAACGAUCGGGUCAUGAACUUGUCUCUUCCAAUAGCCGAGAGCUCCUUUAACGAAGGUGUCCAGCAGCCUCUAGAAAACCUUUCCAGCAUUCUACAACAACACGCAACAUUUGCGACCCAGAAAGAUGCUGCUCCUAGCAUUAUGGCUGAACUCAUGACUUUAAUCUUUUAUUGGGUCAGGAUUCGCAAUCUUGUCCGAGUCACGGAUCGCAUCUCUGGCAGAGACUGGCUGGCAGAGCUUUUUGAGCUGGAAGGCCGGCUGUCCACAUGGUAUUCGCAACUUCCCGAUUCUUUGAAAUAUUCCAAACGAAAUUUGUAUGAACAAUUAGUGGUCCUUCAGCAGCCCGUGUACACCUUUGUGCAUGCGCUGUACCACCAGUGUCGUCUUGUCCUUCAUUCAUCCUUGGUCCCCAAAUUCAGUGGAAUUCGUCUCGACAGGGCAAUUCCGUCAGAGGCAACAGCCCUCAGUGCUCGAAUUGCCUUGAAGAGCGCUCAGCGCAUCUCCGAGCUGGGUGCAGAUAUCCUAGCUCUUGAUUGGGACCCUGCCCAAAUAGCAUCAUUCGUCGGAUAUUGUAUGUAUGUCUCCGCGUCGAUCCACAUCGCCUUUCUCUGCUCCAGAGAUGCGACCCUCGCAGUCCCCGCCAGAGCCAAUUUGAUGGCCAGCCUGAAGCUGCUCAAGUCGAUGAAGAUGUAUUGGACGAAUUUGCAGAGACUGUGGGUCCGAAUCAAUAUGCUCUACGGAGCCCAGAUGUCGAGACGGUUGGCUUCGGCAAGAGAAGGGAUGGCGGGUUCCACGGAGCCGCAAGCGAACUUCAGCGAACUUGAUGAAGUCGCCGGUGAACCACGAGACGUCGGACAAUUGGCCGAGCCACUUGCCGACUCUGUCCUGGAUUAUACCCUGAGGCGGUUGAGACCGGACAGAGCCGUCCUUUCUCCGGCUGCUCAAGCGCUUGAAAGACAGCCAUGUCCAGACGAUUUAUCUCAAUUGAUGGACGAAGACUCAAGCUCAUCACUAAACCCAUCAUCCCAGUCAGCAAGGCCAGAGGGUCCGAUACCUUCGAUGGGGCUGGACCAAUCUAAUUAUCUUGUCUCUACAGCUCCACAGAUGGUCGGAGGUUGGGAUCGCAUGCGGACGCCGACUAUGCAGUCUCUGAACAAUGACGGGCUAGACUGGUGGGAGGUGAGUCUGGACAACAUCCAACAGCCGAUACUGCCGUAUGAAGAGCUCUUCAAUCUGGAUUUCAACUUAUCAUAG